CCUCUUCUGAAAAGAAUGGACAGUCCAAGCGGAGGAAUCGAGGGUUUCGGCUUCCGAGUCAUCUCGCCGUCUCCGGCGCCGGCGACCCGUGAGCGAGACCUCCAGCCUCCGUCCUCUCGCCGGCGGAGCAUUUCCCCGUUCCGUAGACCAGGUAUGAAGAGGGCCGCGCCGUCGGAGGAGCCGGUGGAGCUCUCUUCCGGCGACGACGCGAGCUCGGAUUCCGACGAUGAGGCAGGGAACGGGAAAGGCGAGAACUCCUUCCGGCUGCCCAUGUCCUCCAAAUCUACAGCUCCAGCAAAAGGUGCAUUGAUCAGGAGGGCUGAAAUGUAUCAAGAGUACAUGAAGCACAUCCCAAUUCCUGAUCACUGCAGCUCCUUGAUCCCAUCCACAUCAUGGCUGGGACUCGGAAGAUCGGUGAAGCAGUUGUACGAGCAGCCCUUGCAUUACCUCACCAACAUCCUCUUGAGACAGUGGGAUCAGCAGAGGGUCGGGAGCGAUAAUGAACACCAACCACUGGAUGCUAUCAUUCACCCUAUGAAAGCUCAAGCCCUCAUUUGGGCCACUGAAGAAAUCCAUAGGCUGACCACCUCUAGCGACUACUUAGGGAAGCUCUGGGCCAAAGACCCCAUGUAUCAUGCUUACAUAGACCCAGUGUUCCCUUCCCUAAAGUUGCAUUAGCAAACAUUGCAAGUUGGACCGUCUUAUCCUUUCUGUUUUGUUUCUGACUGCUGUAAUCUGGCACAUUGGUUGUUAGCGAAGUAAUGUGAACCAUAUAUCAUUGAUGUUAAAAGUAUGAGAUGUCAUGGUCAGGGUCUCUUUUAACGCUGGUUUUAGCUCUCUGAACAGCAGCUAUGUUGAAGAAGAAGAAGCCUGGCGGUGUGGAUUUCAGUGCUUUGAGCCGGCACGGGUACCGUGGCGGACCAUCUAUACUGACAGUUGCUCCUCCAAAGGUUGAACCUAACUGGACUUGGUCCACCGGGAAAGAUCGGAACGAGAAGGAAGUUCUAACCGAGUCUUUCGAAGAGCGGGAGCGCACAAGGGCUGCCGUAACUGAAGGAGAGAAGCUUAUCGGUGUGAUGAACCCCCAGCCAAGGCAGACGGAGAAAGAGAAGGAGGCUGCUUCAUUCUCACAGAAGGAGAAGCGGAAGAGAGACCGUGGGCAGGCCAGCAGGGGGAAGAACUACGUCGAGGAGGAGAAGCGGCUCCUGAGGGGGAGUGGGGUCUACUCUGGCUUCGAUACUUGAAAGUGUCCAGAGCAAAUGUUAUUUAUCCGUGUUAGCUUCCGUCGUCGCUAUUAGUCCGUCUGCUGCUAUAGUUUUGCUGGGAAGGUGACUCGCCCAAUGGGGCUUAUGCUUAUUCAUCUAUCACCUAUCUGUCUUUGUGCUGGUUUGACUUUGGACAUGCCUGCUUUUCUGUGUACUCUCAUGUCCAUCUUCCGGUGAACCGAUGUAUCAUAACUGUUCUAACUGGUGAGAUUUGUGUGCCAUGGUGAAA